UCAUAAAAGGAUGUGGCAAUAGAUGGCAUGUAAGGGGACAGAUUUGAUAGAAAUAUCAAUAAACGAAAUAUAACCAAAAGUAUUUGUUUAUAAUUUCAGGUGAUGAAAGUGGAAUGGAUGAAAGAGAAGAAACGAAAGAAGUAUUAUAUGAAAAAGAAAAACAAGAAGAGGAGAUCACUGAGCAGGAACAACACCACCAUCAGCGGCCAAUAGUGCGGUCUCUAGAUGAGCAGUUAUGCAGGGGUGAGCUGCCACCCCUCAACCCCCUCCCAACGCUCAACUCACAUAACUCCCCCCUCCCUAAUGCUGCCAGCUCUCCCCACUCUAAAGUUCACUCUCGAAAUUCCCCUCACACUAAUACACAGUCUCCUUCAUCUUCUACACUAACCCUUAUGAAGAAGCAGAUAACGGAAAUUGAGAGGGAGAUAGCGCUGAGGAAACCAGAGGGAGGUCCCAGGAGGGGAGGGCUUGAAGGUGACGGGCCCCACCCCCCUCUAGACCUGCACCUUCUAGAUCCUCUUAAUGAAAAGGUGAUUGAGCCUCCUCCCCCACCAGCACCACAUCCACAUCGAGGAGGUUCCACUGGAAAUUCAUCUGUUGUAGAGAAUGGAAGUUCCUCCUCAACACCGAUCCAAAUGCCGACCACUGCCGUAUCCCCAAGCAGGGUCCUGGGCCACCUACACUCUCCUCAGUAUACCCCAGGUCCAAGUGCUGGUCCCCACCUCUUAAGUGCCAUGGGGUCACUGACUAGUCCUGUACAGCACCAGGUUACACCACAUAUGGUACCAGGUCACCCAGCUGCCCAUGAUAUUCUUCAUAAUCCAGGGGGAGGCGUUGGACAGAGUCGAGAAAGUGUGGAGGCAGCAAUAGCAGAUAUCAAACAAGCUAUAAGAAGAACUAAAAAUAUGACUCUUAAGUCCCAUCCUCAAGAACGGUCACCCAUCAAUGACAAAGGGCCAGUGUGGAUACCUAGGUGA